AUGGUAAGACGUCGUACCCAAGAGGAUGAGGAAGAGAUCAUUAGGGUACCCGCUUUUGAUAACUCGGAUCUCAUUGCAAAGUUUAAGCGAACCCUAAUUGGAAGGUUGUUCCAUCCAGACGGCAGAAGUGUGGAUGCGUUGCUCAAACAUAUGUCCAAAAGACGGAUAUGGGAUGUGGCGGGUCGAGUUCGUGGAACAAACCUAGGAAACAACAAGUUUCUUUUUGACUUCGACAAGGAUGAAGAUCUGGAGAAAGUUCUGCUAAAACGCCCAUGCCACUUCAAUAAGUGGAGCUUCGCUUUAGAACGAUGGACCCCAACAAUCAAGGAAGAUUUUCCAAACACAAUACCCUUUUGGGCUUACGUUGUGGGUGUUCCGAUACACUAUAGGAAGCUGGAGACCUUUGAGAGCGUGGGAAAGGCACUGGGAGCUUUCGAUAAGGCUGAUGUUGAAGGAAGUCAGGUGAGAGUCUUUAUUAAUGGAGAUAUACCCCUGAAGUUUGAGUGUAAAGUUGGAUUUGAUAAUGGGGACGUGGUGAAAGUGACAAUACAGUAUGAAGAUCUCUAUAGACAUUGCUUCUCCUGCAAGUGA